AUGCAGCAGCACCGCAAUGAGAUUGCUGGCAACGUGCGACGUGAGCCGAAAACUGCAACGAUCGGCAUUGAUGAUGAGGCACGAUGCGAUUGGGAUUCACCAUCCAGCUUUGUUGAACUCAACAAUUCCAUUUCACUAGAGUCGCGAGUAUACGACGCAGGGCUGUUGCUUAUGAAGACUAUGCAGCUUCGUGCUUCAGGUCUAAUUCGCGAUCGUCGUGGGCAUUUACAGGUAAAAAAUAAUUUUAUAAAAUUUUUAAGAAACUUGGUGCUGUAA